AUGAUGAUCUACUCCAAUGUCACAAAGAUGAAAAGCUUCUCCAUCCUUGGAUUUCCUGGACUUUCACCUCAGUAUUAUGGGCUUGUGUCAGCUCUGUUCUUCUUCAUCUACCUUUCUAUCGCAGUCGGAAAUGUUUUCAUUUUAGCAUUUGUUGCCUGUGAGAAGUCCCUGCAAAAACCGACAUAUCUGGUCUUUUGUCACUUGGCGCUGAAUGACUUAACAUUUGGCACCGUGACUCUCCCAAAGAUCAUAUCAAAAUACUGGCUGGAUGAUGGCAUUAUUUCAUUUUAUGGCUGUUUUGCACAGAUGUUCUUUGUUCAUUAUUUGGGAUCAGUGACUUCUUUCAUCUUGUUGGUCAUGGCUCUUGAUCGAUUUGUUGCCAUAUGUAUCCCCCUGCGUUAUCCAGCACUGAUCACAAACAACAUCAUAUCUGUGCUCUGUGGCUUUGCCUGGUUCAUACCGCUGCCUUUGAUGGUAGCUGUUGUACUCCAUGUCCUCACUUUACCUUUCUGUAAGUCAAAUGUCAUUGCUCAGUGCUACUGUGACCACAUUUCUAUAACAAGUCAGGCGUGUGGUGAGGAUGUUAAAAUAGUUGCAGUCACUUCUCUCUGUAUGGCCAUGUUUUGUCUCUUGCUUCCUCUUGCAUUCAUCUUGUUUUCCUACGUUUCCAUUAUUGUGUCUAUUCUGAAAAUGUCCAACGCCGCAGGGCGCAAGAAAACCUUAUCAACUUGCAGCCCACAGAUAUUCAUCACAUGUCUUUUUUACCUGCCCAGGUGUUUUGUUUAUGUAGCAAAUACUGUAGGAUUUUCAUUCAGCUUAGAUAUUCGCAUUUUAUUGAUAUUGCUGUACAGUCUUUUCCCUCCUGCUGUUAAUCCGAUCAUAUAUUGUUUCAAGACUCAGGACAUCAAGCAGAUGUUGAUGAAGCGGCUGAAGAAAACUAAAAUUGGAAUACAGAUAAAACUUUCAUAUUGA